UACCAUUCCUCAUCCUCAAUCAACUUUCACACACCUUUUUCGGAUAAAAAUCAUCACACACAUUCAAUCACACACACACCCCACCCCUUCUUUAUCAUUAUCAAUCCUCCUAUUCACCAUUCACAAGUUCAAACGACCUUACCAUAAACCAUUACUUACCUGUAAAAGUUGAACAAAGAUUUCAAGAAACCUUCCAGAAUUCAUACUCCUUUUGAAAACUUCCUACUUUGUACUCACCCUCUUGGAUCUUUCUCUCGCUCUCUCUCCACACAUAUAUACAUACAAAUACACUUGCAAGAAAAGCUUUCAUCGAAUUUCAUUUUCUCUCUCUAUAUAUCUUUCUUCUUCAUGGGAAGUGGAAGAAGAAGAAGAAGAAGCAAGGCUACAAAACCCAAGAGUUCAUUUUUUUAAUGCAAGAAUGAAAAACCCGGCAAAGAUCCUGACCCAGUUCCCAAGACGGGCCUUGGAUCUCAACUGGAGGCUUCUACUUUUCAUCCUUCUCUCCGUCACCUUUCUUACCUACGUUUCUCUCUCCUUCUCCUCCACCACCACCACAGUAUUAAUCCCCUUCUCCAGUUUUGCCCCUCUCAAGUCCAUAUUCCUCGGCCCUGCAGUUCCCAAUCGUCCCCCGCUUCGAGUUGAGACCCGCCCCGUGAACCCGUUGAACGGGUCCAGAAUCGCAGUUUGUUUGGUGGGUGGGGCUCGGAGAUUCGAGCUCACCGGUCCCUCCAUUGUGGAAAGGAUCCUCCGAGUUUAUGCGAAUUCGGAUCUUUUUCUCCAUAGCCCGCUGGACUCCAAUGCGUAUAAGCUUUUAUUGUUAAAUGAUGCGCCGAGAAUUGGUGCCGUAAAGAUUUUCAGACCCAGACCCAUACCGGAGACCGAGCCGGAGCUGCGAGUUCUCACCGCCCGCAACUCGCCCAACGGCAUACAGGGCUUGUUGCAGUACUUCAAUCUGGUAGAGGGCUGCCUAACAAUGAUCAAAUCAUAUCAAGAAAAGAAUAACUUCACGUACGACUGGAUCAUCCGAACAAGAGUUGACGGGUAUUGGUCCGACACGUUGGGCCCCGAGAACUUCAUUCCGGGUAAAUAUUUGGUCCCCCCGGGUUCAUCCUACGGUGGGUUGAAUGACCGUUUUGGAGUAGGGGACUACAACACCUCAGUUGUAGCACUCUCAAGACUCUCCUUGAUUCCUCAACUUAACGGGUCAGGGUUAAUCCAACUCAACUCGGAGGCAGCUUUCAAGGCCCAACUCACCACACAAAAGGUCCAGUUCACCACCCGACGCCUCCCAUUUUGUAUAGUAACGGACCGUAAAUAUGAUUUUCCUCCGGCCCGAUUCGGCGUGCCGGUGGCCGCACUGUCGAGCCCAGGCCCACUCAGUGGUGCUAAGUGCAGGCCUUGCAGGCCCGUUUGUACUGGAUCCUGUGUUGGGCCUGUGAUGAAUGGGCUCUACAGAGGCUGGAGCUGGACUGAUUGGGCUAAUAACACACUAGAGCUCUGUGACGCGCAUAGUGAGUGGGAAAAGGGGUGGGAAGAAUUAUUCGAUGAGGCAGCUGGGAAAAAGCUAGCUUCGGCGAGGAAGAAGGUUUGGGCUCUGAAUAUGGAUCGGUGUGUUGAUGGGUUUGAGAAGAUGAAGAAACGGGCGGGCCACUGGGAUGCGCCGAAACCCGUUGAGAUUUGCAGUUUGGGCCUCAAGUCCCGGUGAUGGAGAUAGUAUGUACUAUAAUAGAGGUUUUCUUUUCUUUUUUUCUUUUUCCCCUGUUCUUUUUUUUGGUCUUCCCCUUUUUGACCCUGAUAUAGAAUCAGGGGUUCCGCUAUAUACGUACUGAUAGUAUAUCACACCUGAAAUUUUAGACCAAUC